AUGGCGAUGGCUAUGAGACUUCCGGCGAUAGCGAGAGCAGCGACGGAAAUGGCUGCGGCUCCGGGAGGAUUGAGACGGCUGUUCUGUUCGAACGCUACAAAGUUCUCGUUUCUUUCUCCACAGUCUAAUACCGAAACUCCGGCUCGUCCUCAGGCCGACCCCAGCACCAAUCUCUUCGUCUCCGGGCUUAGCAAACGCACCACUUCUGAAGGACUUAGGACAGCUUUUGCUCAGUUUGGAGAUGUUGCUGAUGCUAAGGUUGUCACAGACAGAGUCUCAGGAUAUUCAAAAGGUUUUGGGUUUGUUCGUUAUGCCACCUUAGAAGAUUCUGCUAAAGGCAUUGCUGGAAUGGAUGGCAAGUUUCUUGACGGAUGGGUCAUAUUCGCAGAGUAUGCAAGACCAAGAGAGCCAUCGCAGACAUAUCAACCUCAGAACAACAUGUCUCGUCCUCCUUAUGGUAACAACCGCUAUUGA